AUGAGAGAGCACUUAACAACAGCACAUGAUCGGCAAAAGAAGUACGUAGACGCGCAUAGAGUGGAUCGUCAGUUUUUUGUUAGGGAUCAAGUGUUCUUGCAUGUGCAACCACGGAAGAGUCCAAUUCAUUACGAAAAGGGCUCUAAGCUAGCACCACGCUUUGUGGGUUCGUUUGAGAUCUUGGAGAGGAUUGGUCUAGUUGCCUAUCAACUUGCUAUGCUGCCUAAUCUUUCGCGCAUUCAUGAUGUUUUCCAUGUUUCUGUUCUACGCCAGUAUCAUCCUGAUAUAUCUCACAUUCUUGAUCAGACUACUCUACAGGUCGAGGACGGGAAGCUCGCUCUCGAGCCUGUGGGCGUUCUGGAGCACAAGCAUCGGGUUCUCAGAGGUAGAGACAUUGAGCAGGUCAGGUUCCAGUGA